GUAAAAGUGAGGAAUCAUGUCGGGAAGGAGGAAGCUCUGCGGAGGAUCUGCGUCCAUUAGCGGCUCUCACACAUAAACAGCCCCGGGGGACGGACGGUGCGAGGCGGGAGAGACUUUCCUGGAGGGGAGACGAAUUAACGGAAGCGACGUAGAGUCUGUGUCGCAUGGACGGGUAAUAUACAGUAAGACAGCGGGGAGGACAAGAAGAAGAAGAAGCAGCCGAGAAGGGACACCGAGACUGCGGGGAGGAGGACCGGUGUGUGCCGGGGGUCGAACCGGGAAGGGGCCGCUCCGAGCCGGGCAUGUUAUCCGUGCUGUCCUAUGGCAGACUGGUCGCCAGGGCUGUCCUAGGCGGGCUGUCGCAGACGGACGGCCGGGACUACAGCCUGGUCAGCGCCAGCUGCGGCUUCGGCAAAGACUUCCGCAAGGGGAUCCUGAAGAAGGGCAUGUGCUACGGGGACGACGCCUGCUUCAUAGCGAGGCACAAGACCGCCGACGUGCUGGGUGUAGCAGAUGGCGUAGGUGGCUGGCGUGACUACGGCGUUGACCCCUCUCAGUUCUCCGCCACCUUAAUGAGAACCUGUGAGCGACUGGUGAAGGAGGGACGCUUCAUUCCCAGUUACCCAGUGGGCAUCCUGACCUCUGGCUACUACGAGCUUCUACAGAACAAAGUUCCCCUGCUGGGGAGCAGCACAGCCUGCAUCGUGGUUCUGGAGAGACGGAGUCACCGGCUACACACGUGUAACCUCGGUGACUCUGGUUUCCUGGUGGUCCGGGAGGGAGAGGUGGUCCAUCGCUCAGACGAGCAGCAGCACUACUUUAACACGCCCUUCCAGCUGUCUAUUGCUCCCCCAGGGUCCGAAGGGGUGGUGCUCAGUGACAGUCCCGAUGCAGCUGACAGCUCCUCCUUCGAUGUGGAGCUCGGUGACAUCAUCCUGACAGCAAGCGACGGCCUCUUUGACAACAUGCCCGACUACAUGAUUCUUCAGGAGCUCAAAAAACUGAAGACCACCAACUAUGACAGCAUCCUGCAGACUGCACAGAGCAUUGCAAAGCAAGCUCACGAUCUUGCCUAUGACCCCAACUAUAUGUCUCCUUUUGCACAGUUUGCCUGUGACAAUGGUCUGAAUGUAAGAGGAGGGAAGCCAGAUGAUAUCACAGUGCUGCUGUCGAUUGUGGCUGAAUAUACAGACUAAAAGAGUGUGUGUAUCUCUGUCUGCGUGUGUGUGCACGCUUCUUGGGGGGGCUGAUCCUUCCUUACCAUCUGCCUGAGUCUUCCACCUGCAGCCCUCCCAAAAUGCACUGUGUCCGCCGGGCUGAUUUGGAGAGGCCCCGCUAACACGACACACUCCCUGCUGCAGGACGUCCCCCUGUGUGACAUUUUGAUUUCUUCUUCUGUUUCGUUUGGAUGCUUGAACGGUUUAAGAAGAAGCAGGCAGCUAGGCCACCUUCAUGUUGAUCAUGAUGCAGGAGGAGCCGAGUACAAUGGGUCGAGGGAUGCAUCGUCAGGCUCCCAUGUGUCACAGUGACAGUCACUGGGGGUUUUAAAAUCUGCUGGCCCUUGUGAUAAAAAAGAAAAAGUGAUAUUUUAAGAGGAGUAAGCCAUGGUUUGGGGUUGUUCACAGUUGUGGACACAUCUGUCUGUGUUGUUCUCCUUGUUUGUCUGUUCCAUGUUGUAAACAUGUUUGAACGAACCAUACAGACGGACUGAGGAGGCUGAGAGUGGAGGAGUCUUAACUGGGAAUGAAAAGUAAUAGGUGGCUUUGUGAAUGUUCGUUAAUGUGGUCAGAUCAAAGUAAAGAGAUACUAACCCAUGUUAAAGCUCCCGUGCGAAGGUUAAUCAGGUUUGGUCACUUGGUCGUGGGAUCCGUCGGUGUGCACAUCCUGAUAAGUUGUAAAUAUUUCUGUGUUUUCAGGGCUCCGCCUUUUUCUGUCAUCUCUGCUCAGUUUUUCUUUAAGGCAAAGAGUUGUUUUGUUACCGUUGUGGAAGAGGUACACAUGCAUUCAUAAAUAUAUACUUUUUCCUGUAUAGAUGUUGAUAUUGAAGUGAGCUUUACCAAUCCCACUCUUCCACUUGCUGAAAUGAACAAGAAUAUAUUAGCUGAGAUCGAUUGCUUCAGUUGUGUGGUAGGAAGGAGUAAAUGUGUGUGUGGUAUAGAUGUGAGGAAUUGUUGUUUGAAUAUGUGGCGUAUUCGAUGUUGAUAUUUGUUCUCUCACAAAGCUAAAGCUAGCAUCUGGGAAUGCUUGCAAUUGCAAUGAUAGGUCAGGUGUGAAUUUUUAAGAAAAAAAGACAUAUUUUUUUAAUGUUUAGUUUUAAAAGUAAAUAGUUUGAAGUGUCUGCUGACAUGAAGUUUGUGUGAUUGGUGGAAAAAAGGAUCCAGAUAUCUUAAAGUGAGCUUAUUGGUGUAAUUUCUCCAUUUCUUUUUUCCCUCUACAUUUGUCUGCUGCUUCUCUUUUGUAAUUCAGAAGUCUGGAUGGUCAUAAUGAUUGAUGUGUGUGCUGGAUUCCACCUGAUGACCUAAAUUAAAGACAUUGAUAAUACUGUUCUGCCCAUAAUAGCCUGUCCCUGUGUCAAACACCUCGCCCCAUUGGUUUGGACAAUGUCUUAUAAUUUAAAAGCAGGUGCACCAAAGACACAAUUUCGUUGUGUAUGUCAUUAUGCUUAGUUGUUAUAAAUAUCAUGCAGCAAUACUGUAAAGCCCUUGUGCUCUGGGUUUUGUGUGAUGGCCAGAAGUGGGGGUGGAAAUGUUCAGAGGGACGUUGAAGUAUAUUUUCUAUGCUUAAAGUUGUUUGAGAGUUAAGGUUGCAUCAUAUGUCUAGUUUAAGUUAUAGGUGAGUGGUUGUCUAUAACAAAGUCUAAGACCGGUUUAUAAACCAAAGAAGGAAAGCCAUAUAUAAAUACAAGAUAAGGGCGCCGCUCAGCCGGCUGUAAGGAUAACAUUUCAAUGGGGGAGACCAGAAUUGUCACUGUGUUGUUCCUCUUAAAUAGUCUUGGGAGAAAUUGUAUGUUUCAUUGUGAAAGCAGGAUGCUACAAACUUCAUAAUUCAUUUAUGUGAGGGAUCAGAAGUGCGACUAAUGACCACAUUUACAUGAAUCCAAAUUCGUGGCAACUUAUUUGCAUUUUUUCUGUCCUGCUCUGUGGAUUCUGUGUUAGUUUGUGUCACUCGUUUGCAUCCUGCUCUCGUAUUAAGGACGUUUUUGUACGUCAGAUGUUUUCUGACCUUGUAUUCACGGUAAAGAUGGAGCUACAUUUGACAGAGAGAUGUAACCUAUAUGCAGGAGGGGGGGUGGUGAGAUGGAUAAUGGUGCUGUUAACUUAAAGUGUGUGGGUGUGUGUGUGUGGGUGAGCACAGUUUCAGCCUUAACAAAUAGCUAGACCUGUCAUCAAGAGGCCUUUCCUGUCAUUGCAAGCUUGUCUCCCUCCACAUUGUGUUUAAUGUCAAUGUAAAGUCGUUCUCAAAGGUGCUUCUGCGGUCUGUGUGGUACGAUUGUCAUCUCUCAAGCAAGCGAUGUCUGUGCGUGUGAAAGACACACCCAUGUCAGUGUACAUACAGUGUAACAAUGCAGGUCUAAUUUAUGUAAAUAUGUUUUAAAAUAUGUACAAUAUUUAAAUAAAGAAUCUAGUAUUUAUACUAAA